AUGGUGGCGGCGGCGACGGCGGGCAGCCCGGCGUCUUCCCCCGCAGCUCAGGCGGCCGCGCCUGGGUUCGGCCCCGGGCACGGCGGCGCGGCCCAGCCGGGCGACGCGGGCUCGGGGCCGGCUGCUGCUGCUGCUGCUGCGAGCCCCGCGAGGCAGGCGGCCUCGCCUGAGCCGCGCAGCCCCGGGUCGCCCGGGUGCAAAGCAGCAGCAGCAGCAGGAGGAGAGCGCCAGCGCGUGGCGCGCACGAGCUCCUCCCCCUCCGUGGGGGGCCCCGCCCGCCGGGCCGGGGCUGGCGGCGGGGGCGGCUGCCCGGCGCCGCUGGACGCCAUCGCGGGGGCUUACCUGACGGGCCAGUGGCCGCGCGACCACCACCACCACCACCACCACCCUCCUCACUCCGCUGCUCCGGCCGUGCGGGACAAGGCCACCCAGACCCCGAGGGCCUGGGCGGACGAGAGCUGGGACCCACACCGCAAAGCUCCCCUGUGGGAGAGCAAUGAGCAGCGCAAGGAGAUCGCCAAGCUGCGACAGCAGCUGCAGCGGAGCAAGCAGAGCGGCCUGGAGCGGGAGGCGGUCUCUCCGCUGCUCGCCGGGCUCACCGCGCCGCCGCCACCGCCGCCAAUCGUCGGCGCCCAGCCGCUGGUGGCGAUGCCGAAGCCGGGGGCCACCGCGCUGGCGGGGUUUCCCAGCACGCCCGGCGGCGGCGGCGGCGGCGGCGGCGGCGGCGGGGCCUCGGCCCCCUCCCUGGGCAAGGGGGUGCUGCCGCGCCUGCGCGCCAGCGUGGAGGCGCUGAACCAGGAGAUUGAGCGAGUGUUCGUGCAGGAGGUGUGGUGCCACGAUGCCCCGCGGCAGGACGCUCCGGACGGUCGCCGGGCCCCUCUCCCGACGCGACCGUGCAGCUCCAACUCCGGCAUCGGCGGCAGCAGCGGCGGCAGCGGCGGCAGCGGCGGCAGCGGCGGGACCAGCGGCGGCACCAGCGGCGGCAGCAACGCGGCGACGCGCAGCGUGGACACGCAGACGCCGUCGGCCCUCGACGGCGAACGCUGCCGCUCGCUCCCCGCGUCGCCCGCGCUGCUCCCCCCGCUCCCUCCCGCCGCGACUGCUGUCGCUCUCCACCAUCACAACCACCACCACCACCAGCAGCAGCAGCAGCAGCAUCAUCACAGCAACCACCUCGCCGGGCGCUCCCCUCCCUCUCCUCCGCCUCCGCUCGUCCACGGUGCCGCGGCGCUGCCUGCGCCGGUCACGGUGAAGCAGCAGCAGCAGCAGCAGCAGCAGCGGCUGCUGGCGCCCGGUGCUCCCCCCUCCGUUGUGAUGUCAUCGACGGCGUCAUCGACAUUGACGGCCCUCGCCACAGUCGAUGAUGUGAACAGAGAAGGAAGGGGCGGUGGCGGCGGGGGGCCAGAGGGGAGGGGCGGCUCGCCGCUGCCCAAGUACGUCUCGUCGCCCAAGCCCAACCACAGCUACACGUUCAUGCGCGAGCCUCCAGAGGGUUGCGAGCGUGUCACGGCGUUCGAGGAGACUCAGCAGCACAAGGAGAUUCCCUCGAUCUUCUGCCCGGACAAAAACAAAGUGAACUUCGUCAUCAAGAGCGACACGGCCUUCUGUCCCAUCAGCCUCCUGCGCCCGCCGCGGACUGUCCACCUCGCGCCCGAGCCGGCCCAAGGCUCGGCGCGGGACGCUGGGCAGGGCUCGGCGGGGGACGCACCGGAGGAGAUGGAGCCUCCCGGCUGCAUGCUGCGCCAGCACUCCGCCGAUCGCUAGCGCGGGAACCCCCGGGAGGAGGGGGGCGGGGGGCGGCCGGCCGGCCUUGGAGGGGGAGGGGGGUGCACGAACAUUUCUACGUUCUGAAAACAACAACAACAACAACAACACGUUCGAUGAUGAUUCGUAAUCAAUGAUGAGAAUUAUUAAUCGACAACACUCAGGGAAAUGGAGCAACGCUAACCAGGAAGGAGCGCACGAGGUGGAGGACGAGGAAGAUGCGGUGGAGGAGGAUGCGGUCUGGCACGGAGGACGAUGACGAAGCGAUUGCGACGUCGACGUCGUGACCGGGCGCGCGUUUCGGAAGUCCGUUUGGCAGUCCCGGGCGAGCGCCGUCAAUGCCACGUUCCUCCGGGGGAAAAAAUCUCUCCCGUAGGAGGUUUUAUUUUUUUUGGGUUCGAUCGCGUAAAUAUUUACGCGAUCGAACCCAGAAAAAAACCUGUUACGGAUGAUAUUGGUCGCGAAAAGCCUACGUGUUGAACGGAAAAAAAUCUCCGUUUGUCGAACUUGCAGGUUCCGCGCGCACCCCAACGCCCCUCCACCUCCGCCAACACCUGCAAGGCCUGCGUUGGGAGCUCUGGUCGGAUGACCCCCCCCCCCCCCCCCACGGUUCGUCUACAGCAGUGGCGUGGGCGAGGCCGUCGUCCAGCAGUGGAGGGGGGGGGGGGUGGUGGUGGUUGUGUUUUACAUGCGGUCUUGGCGGAAUAGAUUUGCGGAUGAAUUUUCUUUUGGCAUCCGGGGGGGGGGGGGGGGUCCCUUAACCAACUGCCCCUGCAACACGGUGUGUCACUGCUGUGGUGUUGAACCAAAUCGGACUGCCCUGGCACGCGCGGGCGCAAGGUGUGUGUGUGUGUGUGCAAGGCGUGUGUGUGUGUGUGUGUGCAAGGUGUGUGUGUGUGUGUGCGUGUG